AUGCGCAAUCUUCGCAACGUCCGCUUUGGGCGGUGGAGCCAUCCCGAUAUCACAUCUGCUUGCUGGGACCCUGAGAAGGAUGAAGUACUUUGCACCGUUGGUCCGACGGCGGAGAGCUCGAAUAUCGAGCUGGUGAGGGUUUCUGAGAAUGACACUACAUCACACACAUCAAUAGCAAGCUGGGAUGCUCCCAGUCCAAGUCCAGACUUGCCGGUAGAUAGAGUUGUCAACAUCCAGCAUAUCAGUGGCUCAGGAACGACGUGUCUAGUCCUGGAAGGCGGAGACAUCAUCACAGUCCAGGAGGACCAAUUCUCAGACAAUGGAGCUCACAUCGAAAUCAUGGGAUCGAUUGACGCCGGUAUCUCCGCCGCGCGAUGGUCUCCUGACGAGGAACUGCUACUUGUGACCACCAAGGCAAACACAGUCAUCUUCAUGGGCGCCACGUUCGACCCCGUCGCCGAAGUCACCAUGACAGCAGACGACCUCAAAGCCUCCAAGCACGUCUCCGUCGGCUGGGGCAAAAAGGAAACCCAGUUCCAGGGCCGAGGUGCCAAAGCCCUUCGUGACCCAACCAUUCCCGAAAAAGUCGACCAAGGUCUGCCCAGCGUGCAUGAGGAUGCUGCGACAACCAUUAGCUGGAGAGGCGACGGUGCCUACGUGGCAAUCAACUCAGUCCAGGAAGGGAGCAGACGAGUCGUCCGCGUUUAUUCUCGAGAGGGCGAGCUGGAUAGCGCUAGUGAGCCGGUCGAUGGCCUUGAAGGCGCACUUAGCUGGAGGCCCUCUGGGAACUUGAUGGCGGGUAUUCAACGACUAACUGAUCGGGUCGAUGUUGUGUUCUUUGAGCGAAACGGCCUUCGUCACGGACAGUUUACUCUUCGAUCUCCUGGAUCGUCCGUCUUGUCUCACGAAAAGAUUUCCCUGGAGUGGAACUCAGACUCAACUGUACUCGCUGUUAUUCUCAAAGAUAGCGUGCAGCUCUGGACCAUGGGCAACUAUCAUUGGUACUUGAAGCAGGAAAUCCCCAUCACCGCCGGAUUUUCGUGCCUAGCUUGGCAUCCUGAGAAGGCAUUACGGUUUGCCUCUGCGUCAUCAUCUGAGACGGUCAUCGUCGAGGAAGCCUUCUACACAGCCAGAGGCUCAUGCUUGCCGCCACAUGAUAUUGGCGCCGUGGCAGUCAUCGACGGGGAAACCGUCAAACUCACUCCCUUCAGAACGGCUAAUGUACCGCCGCCCAUGUCUCUAUUCAAUAUCGCUGCCGAAUCAUCAGUGGUGGACGUUGCCUUUGGACGACAAAACUCUUCAUUCGCUGUGCUACACCGAAAGGGUGUCGACGUCUACGAGUGGCCCAUCAAGAACGGCCGCGCUAUAAAACCUAGCCUCAAGUCGAAAAUUCCAUUUUCCUCUGCCGGUAUCUCAGACGGACAAGUUCCGCUACGCAUCGUAAGCACUGCAGAGGGCCACUUUCGCUGCUUCGUAUCGCCGGGAGAUUCAGACGUGGUGCAUUUUGCAAUCGACGCCAAUGGCGGGACGAUGGACAUUAUUGACAGCCAAGACGCCAUCGUAUCCACGUCAACUUACGAAGAUGAAAACUCGUUGGAAGCGUACGGACAGGACAUGUCCGGCAACUUAUACAAGCUUUCCGAGACGGCAACCGACCUGCUUCCAAUCCAAUUCCCUGUCCACCUGCCCUGGUUUGAAAUUGUCAAAGUUGAUGGCGAGAUUACUGCCUUUGGAUUAUCAAGGAAUGGUCACAUAUACGCCAAUUCACGAAUGCUAGCCAAAAACUGUACAUCCUUCGUCCUCACACCCAGUCAUCUCAUCUUCACUACGAGCAACCACUUUGUCAAAUAUGUGCACCUGGUUCCCAAUGUCGAAGAACUUGAAGUGCCCGAGGACGACCCUGAGAAAGAUGAGCGAUGCCGCAGCGUAGAAAGAGGCUCGCGUCUUGUCGUCGCCAUCCCUACAAACAUGAGUAUUGUGCUUCAAAUGCCUCGAGGAAACGUCGAGACCAUAUUCCCUCGCGCCAUGGUCGUCGCUGGUAUUCGAAACUUGAUAGACGAGAAGAACUACUCACGCGCGUUUGCGUACUGCCGCACCCAACGUGUUGACAUGAACAUCUUGUACGACCACCAGCCGGCACAAUUCUUGGCUAAUGUAGGCUUGUUCCUGGAUCAGUUAAACGACCUGACGUAUAUCGACCUCUUCCUCUCAUCGCUCAGGGAGGAGGACGUCACCGAAAUCAUGUACAAAGACACCAAGAAACUGCGAGCUCAAGCUGCCGAACCUCCCACUCCAACCAAGUCAUCUUCCAAAGUCAACACCGUUUGUGACGCUAUUCUCAGGGGCCUCCAAUCCCGCAAGGCCACCAACCUCCAAAACAUCAUCACCGCACACGUCUGCAAAUCGCCACCAGCACUAGACGACGGCCUCACACUCGUCUCCGAACUCAUGCAAGAAGACGAAAAGGUAGCCGAAAAGGCAGUCGAACACAUCUGCUUCCUCGUCGACGUGAACCGGCUGUACGAGAACGCCCUCGGCCUCUACAACCUCGACCUGGCGCUCCUCGUCGCGCAGCAAUCCCAGCGCGAUCCCCGAGAAUACCUCCCCUUCAUCCAGAACCUCCAUGUCCUCCCCGAGCUGCGGCGCAAGUUCCAAAUCGACGACCACCUGGCCCGUCGCUCCAAGGCCCUCUCCCACCUACACGCGCUGGACGUCUUCGACGAAUUCUGCACCUACACCACCAAGCACGCCCUCUACCAAGACGCCCUCCGCAUAUACCGCUACGACCAACCCCGUCUCCAAGCCAUCACCAACCUCUACGCCGCACACCUCGAAUCCAAAUCCUCCUACCGCGAAGCCGGUCUCGCGUACGAAUCCCUCAAGAACUACGCCAAAGCAACGUCCUGCUACCGCGCAUCCGGCGCGACUUGCUGGCAAGAAUGCCUCUACACGGCACAGCAGCAAAACCCGCCCCUAUCGCCCGAAGCAAUGACCGACCUGGCCACCACGCUCGCCGACGCCCUCUACGAAGCAAAGGACUACUCCGCAGCCGCAACAAUCCACCUCGAGCACCUGUCCUCCCUCGAAACAGCAAUCAAAUGCCUCUGCAAGGGCUACCACUUCGCCGAAGCGAUGCGCCUGGUCGUCCAAAACUCGCGCCCCGACCUCCUCGACUCCGCCAUCGACACUGGCCUCGCUGACGCACUCUCCAGCACGACCGACUUCCUCGCCGACUGCAAGGGCCAACUCCUCGCACAGGUCCCCCGCAUCGCCGAGCUGCGCCGCAAAGCCAUCGAAGAUCCAUUGUCCUUCUACGAGGGCGAACGACCAGGCGGUGUCGACAUCCCCGACGACGUCUCCAUCGCGGCAAGCUCCCGUGUUUCCACGUCAGCCUCCCUAUUCACGCGGUACACCGGCAAGGCAGGCAGCGUUGGUACCGUCGGCACAGGCGUCUCCCGCGCCACGAGCAAGAACCGCAAGCGCGAGGAGAAGAAGCGUGCGAGAGGCCGCAAGGGAACCGUCUACGAGGAGGAGUACCUCGUCAAUAGUGUGAGGCGACUCAUCGAGCGUGUGAGCGGCACAAAAUCCGAGGUAGAGCGUCUUGUGUUCGCCCUCGUGAGGAGGGGUAUGGCCGAACGGGCGAGAGCAGCGGAGGCACUCAUGAACGAUGUAGUGGAGGCGUGUCACAGGGCCAUUGAGGAUGUAUUUGCUGUUUCUGCGGUCAACGACGAGCAACAGCAGCAGCAGCAGCAGCAGCAGCAGGCAGAUGAUGUGGGAGAAUAUUCGUGGAAAGCUACCGGUGGGGAUGCCGUCUUGCAGGAAUGGAUGGAAGGUCGGGCCAAGAAGCAGGAAGCGCCUGUUAUUACGGCCCUACAAAAGUUGACUUUGCUAGGUUGA